CUCAACACCGGCGCCUACUUCCUGUACCCCGGUGCCGCACUCUUGCGCCGCCGAGCUGGAUGCCGCUCCGCCGCGAACCUCCUUCGCAACGCCGGCUCCCUACACCACUGCGUCGGCCCCCUGCACCACCGCACUACUCCCUGCGCUCCUCCGCCCCUCCCUCCACUCGUAUCCCGUUGGCUCAGAGCUUCGUGAGGGGGAAGAAGACGAGAUGGCAGUGGGCGAUUGUUGGGGCCGAUUCCAAUUUCACAGCAUGCCCAUCUAAACGUGAGUAGGUAUUUGCCUCUAGUUGAAUUCCGUCUAUCAAUUUUACCUACAUCCAAAUAAUAACUUUGGUAUUACUAUCUAUUUCCAAAGCCAGUUUGAUUUGGUAUUCAAUCCAAUUCAAUGCCAAGUCCUUCAAUAUCGACAUCCAAACGGAGCCUAAGAAACUUUACCAUCUGAGCUACACUCAGUUCGCUUGUUUAAAGCCUUUUGAAGUAUUCAAUACUUGCUAUAAUGUGUCACUAGUAUAAAGCGAGCAGUAGACUAAAUUAUUAGCCAGCUCUUAGGGGCUAUGGGAAAAACCCGAAAAAAAAAAGGGGAAAAAUGUUUUACCGCGCUGCUUUCCUCCUGAAAAUGGGAUCACCCGAGCAGAGCUGACCAAGGCACCAAGCAGGGAAGCACGGGAUCCCCAAGCACGCGGAAGGAACAGCCGGGCAGCCACGUCAGCGUCCCAGGUGGCGUGGCGGACGCGGGGUCCUACAAUAUUCCUUCCCUCGCUCCGCUCCGGACGCCCAAACCCGCGCCGCGCGCGCAGCAUAAAUCCCGACCGAGCGACCCCAGCGGCGCACCCCACCGGCCGCCACCACCACCACCACCACCACCACCACCAUACAGAUCCCCCGCCGAUGCCCGCCUCCCCGUCGCACCCCUCGCCGGCGCCGGCGACUCCCUCCUCCGCCGUCGCCACGCCCCGCCGGCGCCGGCGCCUCCUCCCGUCCAGGUCCAACCACCACCCGCCGCCGUCCCUGGCGCCGGGCUCCCCGUUCUCCUUCUUCCCGCCGUCGUCGCCGUCGCCGUUCCACCGGUUCCUCCCCUCCCCGCUGCGCGCCUCCGCCGUGCCCUUCUCGUGGGAGCACCGCCCGGGCAUCCCCAAGACGCCCGCCCGGGCCCGCUCGUCGUCGUCCUCCAACUCCAAGAGCAAGGCGCUCCCGCUCCCGCCGUCGCUGCUCGCCAGGUCCUGCGCCGGCGGCUCCGACCCCUACGCCUCCGUCGUCCCCGCCGAGUACGCCGCGGCCAUGGACGAUCCGCACCCGCAGCCGGACCGCGCGGGCCGCCUGGGUUGGAGGGUGCGCCGCGCCCGGCGGCGGUCGCCGCGGCUGGGCGACGCCCUCGCCGAGUGGCUGUCCAUGCUCAGCCUCUACCGCUCCUGCAAGCGCGCCGCCGCCUGCUUCGCCGCCAAGGCCAAGUCGCCGGCCGCCUGACAAACUCCGACCUCUCCGAGAGAUAAGUUCCCCCCGCAAUCUGCUGCCGCCACGCCCCACGCCCGCCGCGACGCCUCUGACGAACUCCGAUGAUCUCUCCCCGUACGUCCGUUCGCGCGUGUGCUAGCUGUGUUGAAAUACUGUUGAUAGCAAGUAGUGUGAUGGGUUUAAUUUGGAUUUGCGACGAUGAUUCGCUGUAAAUUAGUGAUCGAUCAGGAGGAGGCCGUGCAUACUAUUAUUAGUAGUAGUAUAUGAUUCCAUUUGAUACAUGUGCGUAGCUGUUAAUUAGUGCCGCUCCAAUAAUUCGGCAGGCAUUUAGUUGCAGUCGAUGGAAUGCCGGUGCUGUGUUGGUGGUGGUGAUGCAUGGUGGUGUGCUUUAGCUAGUGAGCAUUCAUCAUUAAUUAUUGGGUUUGGGUUCAAAGUUUACAGCUGAGAACUUUAAGCUUGUGUGGUUGAGUUGCUCUGGGUGGACACUACUGCUGGGAUCAAAAUAUGAAGCGUGUAAUCCCGAAAAGCUGAAAAGUGAUGAAAAGAUGAAGUGUGCAACAAUGACAUACUUGUGACGUACUGUGAUUUUUUUUUUGACA